UCGGCUUCACCGCCUCGUCUGCUGCUCUCGUCCCAUUGGCGCAGGUGAUCCGUCUCAGGAUGCGAGAGGAGAGCGGAGGAGAGGGGAAGAGAGAGGGGACAGCGCCGAUGGAAAAGUGUACAGGGCUCGGUUAAAAAAAAAAAAAAAAAAAAAAAAAAAAAAGGAAAGAAAGAAAAAGAAGAUUCAGUUUGUCCUGGACCGCUCGGCGAUGAGAGAUUCACCGAAAGGGGCACUUUGAGAUAUGAUGAGGUUUAUUUCUGGUCGGCAAUAGUACUAUGAUUUGGUAUGUGGCCACUUUGAUAGCAAGUGUAUUCAGCACCCGAGGAACGGCCGCUCAAGGUGCCCACGGAGUGCGAGAGGAGCCCCAGUUUGUGACGGCACGUGCAGGAGAGAACGUCAUCCUGGGAUGCGACGUGUCCCACCCCCUGAACGGCCAGCCCUAUGUGGUGGAGUGGUUCAAGUAUGGAAUGCCCAUCCCCUUUUUCAUCAACUUUCGCUUCUACCCUCCUCAUGUGGACCCGGAAUACGCAGGCCGGGCCAGUCUGCACGGCAAGUCCUCCCUGCGGAUAGAGAACGUGCGUUCGGACGACCAGGGCUGGUACGAGUGUAAGGUGCUGAUGUUGGAGCAGCAGUAUGACACCUUCCACAAUGGCAGCUGGGUGCAUCUAACCGUCAACGCUCCCCCGACGUUCACAGAUACACCACCACAGUACGUAGAGGCCAAGGAAGGGGGUAGCAUCACUUUGACCUGCACGGCCUUUGGCAACCCCAAACCAUCGGUCAGCUGGCUGCGGGAAGGCAGCCUCAUGGUCAGCAGUGCCAAGUAUAAGGUGUCUGAUGGGAGUUUGACGGUGCUAUCCAUCACACGCGAGGAUCGUGGGGCCUACACGUGUCGAGCCUUCAGUCCCCAGGGAGAGGCCAUUCACACCACACGGCUGCUAGUACAAGGCCCUCCGUUUAUUGUAUCACCACCAGAGAACAUUACAGUGAACAUUUCGCAGGACGCCUUCUUCACCUGCCAGGCGGAAGCCUACCCUCGCAACCUGACCUACAGCUGGUUCUGGGAGGAGGACAACGUCUUCUUCAAGAAUGACCUAAAGCGCAGAGUCAGUAUUCUUAUCGACGGCUCCCUCAUCAUUGCCCAAGUCAAACCGGAGGAUGCUGGGAAAUACACUUGUGCUCCGAGCAACAGCCUGGGCCGACCACCGACUGCCUCUGCCUACUUAACAGUGCAAUAUCCUGCCCGUGUGGUAGAUAUGCCAUCUGUCAUCUAUGUGGCCAUUAGCCUGCCCGGCUUUAUCCGCUGUCCCGUAGAUGCCAACCCCCCUGUAACUAUGGUUAAGUGGAAGAAAGAUGGCCUCCCUCUCCGGAUAGAUAAGUACCCUGGUUGGAGCCAAAUGGAAGAUGGGAGCAUCCGUGUGGCAGAGGUGACGGAGGACUCUCUCGGCACCUAUACCUGCAUGCCUUACAAUGCCCUGGGUUCCAUGGGAUGGUCCCCUCCCGCUCCCCUGGUGCUAAAGGACCCUCCCAAAUUCUCAGUGGUUCCUGGAGGGGAGUACAGGCAGGAGGCUGGGAGAGAACUCGUCAUCCCUUGUGAGGCAGAGGGAGACCCGUUUCCCAACAUCACAUGGAGGAAGGUCGGGAAGCCCAGUAAAAGCAAGCACAAUGUUCUGCCCCGAGGCAGCUUACAGUUCAAGUCACUCACAAAGGAGGACCACGGGGAGUGGGAGUGUGUUGCCACCAACGUUGCCACGAGCAUCACUGCCAGCACGCACGUCCAAGUCAUAGGCACAAGCCCCCACGCCCCCACCAGCGUCCACGUGGUGGCGUCCUCCACCUGGGCUAAUGUGUCCUGGGAGGCGGCGUAUGACGGAGGUUUCCAGCAGACAUUCUCAGUCUGGUACGGCCAUGUGCUGAAGAGGGAGCGUUUAGGUCCACAUGACUGGCUUUCCGUACCCGUGCCUGGAGGCCAUGAAUGGAUGGUGGUGCCCGGCUUGGAGCCAGAGACAACAUACCAGUUCAGCGUCCUGGCCCAAAACAAGCUUGGCACAGGCCCCUUCAGCGAGGUUGUCACUGUGAACACACUAGUAUUUCCUAUAAGUACCCCUGAACCAUUGGUGCUGCUUACCCCACCACGGUGCCUCACAGCCAAUCGCACGCAGCAGGGAGUUCUGCUCACCUGGAUCCCGCCUGCCAAUCACACAGCACCUAUCCAGCAUUAUGUCAUGGAGUUUCGCCUGGGGGAGCGAUGGGAGGUCUUGGACGACAGCAUUCCAGCUGGGGAGACGGAGUUGCUCGCCCGAGACCUCAUCCAGGAGGCGUGGUACGAGUUCCGUGUCAUGGCCAUCAUGGAUGACACGAUCAGCGAACCGAGCAACGUAGUAGGAGUGUCCAGCACAGACUUCUUCCCUCCUCCGGAGUUGGUGGAGGAACGCGGACUUGCACGACCUGUGGUGGCUGGCAUCGUGGCCACCAUCUGUUUCCUGGCAGCGGCUGUCCUGUUCAGUACCAUGGCCGCCUGCUUCGUCAACAAGCAGCGCCGGCGGAAGCUUAAGAGGAAAAGAGACCCCCCACUUUCCAUAACCCACUGCAGAAAAAGCAUGGAAACUCCGUCAUCUUCAGGAAAAGUGAGCCCAGAGAGCAUUCGUUCAAAGGCAUCCCCAUCAGAAUCAUCUGAAGAUAGUCAUGACCAGCGUGGGAAGAAACCACCCCCAAGUCCAGGGAAGAAGGAGGAAUUGUCUUUAUACAUGAAGACCAAAAGAGCAAUAACAAGCAAGAAGUACAGCAUCUCCAAGCAUGAAGCUGAAGCAACAACACCCAUUGAACUCAUCAGCCGAGGCCCAGAUGGACGUUUUGUCAUAGAUCCCACUGACGCAGAAAUGUCUAUUAAGCCCCGGCGGAUUGAGGGCUUCCCCUUUGUGGAAGAAUCAGACCUCUAUCCUGAAUUCCGGCAAUCAGACGAAGAGAAUGAUGAUCCCAGGCCUCUGCCACCAGUAAUGGCCCCCCUUCGGCCUCACCAGAUUUCUCCUAUCUCCAGUCAGGAAUCUUACCUGCAACCUCCAGCCUACAGCCCUCGUUUCCAAAGGCCCUUCGAAGGUAUGACGAUCAUGGAGAGCAGUCGGCUCCAGGCCACAGGGCAGAUCCGAGGCUCUCUCCAUCACAGGGCUUUCUAUGGCUAUCUAGGCCCCCCUGGAGAUCAUGAUGGCCCACCUCCUUUUUACAUGCCUGAAACCAGCCCGCUCAGCUCUGUCAUGUCCUCCCCUCCAUACCUUGCAGAAGGUCCUUUUGGUCACCCCAUGAUUCCUGAAGAAAUGGGGGAGGGUGAUUUCCCACAAUAUGCUGUCUCUGGUUUCCCACUUCCUCUGACACUCACCUCUUCCUCUCGUUCACCAGAGAUUUGGCAGGGACUGGAUUUUACCUUUGCAAGUCUGGAGGGGCCCCAAUUUAUUUUUCCACCACAUCACCCUUUGCACCUUCGCCACGAAUCCCCCUAUCCUCCGCCACCUCAUGUUCUUCCCCUUAGUGCUUUCCAGCCCUCCCUUCCAAUGCCCACCUACCCAGCUGUCCUGCCACUGGAGGCCCCAAAGAGCCACCCAAGCAAGUCACCCAGCAAGGCCAAGCCUCAUGGCUCCCCAGCCAGGCAUAUAGCUAUGCAAGAGGCACAGUUAGGGCAGCUAAGACACACAAGCCACCGAAUGGGUGUGCCGGUUUUGCCUUACACCGAUCCAAUGGCCCAUAUCGUCCCUAGCACAUUUAGUAGCCUGGACACACGAUGGUUUGAAACCACCCCUCGUUUCAGUCCCAGACAGGCUCGCAGGAUGGAUUCCGGCAUGCAUCAGGUGGUUCUCCAGCCCUCUCGGCUCUCACCCCUUACCCAAAGCCCCCUGAGUUCUCAUGAGGGCUCUCCAGAGAUUGUAGUACGUCCCCGGCCACGUCCCAGCGCUGCCCAUCCUUCCAUACCCCCAGAGAUGUCUGAGAUUACCCUCCUCCCUCCUUCCACAGCCAGCUUCUCAAGGAGAUCUUCCCCCUCCUCCUCACCUGCCCAAGGCCAUGGUAGCAGGAGAGCAAGUCCCAGCUACCGUUCCCACAUGGCCUUUGCCACCUCUGCAACCAGCUACCCAGCUUCCCAGUCCCCAUCACCCCCCAUGGAAAGCAGCGACAUAUUUGGGCAGAUGCCAUCUCAGAGGAGGACUGAGGAGGAGAUCCUUCCAUCUGAGCCCUCUCCACCCCAGUUGUCAGCUUCAGGAAAACGUCGAGGUGCGCCGAGUGCCCUUUCGGGGUCUGAGAGGAUUGAUGCACUGAGAUACCAACGUAUUAAAAAGGCCAAGAAGAUGAUGAUGAACAACAAUAACUCCAAGACCAGAAAGAAAGCAGACACAAAAGUUUCAGCCCCGCCUCAAGCCACCACAUCAAAAUGUGUCUCCACCUCUCAGACCCAGCAGGCCUACACCUCUCAGGUACUCCAGCCCGAAGAAGCUCUCUACCUCCGCAAGAAGAAGAAACGGCCCAUCCUCCAUGACCCAUAUACUCGCUUUUCUGCUCUGCUGUACCGCCGCCCGCUCCGGGAGGACCAGAAGGCUAUUUUGGCCAGCAUGGACAACAUAGACCUAGACCAUGCCACCCUCCUGUAAAAGCCUUCGAGGACAAGGGCACAACCAUGCAAAACGCCCCCACUCCAAAUUAACACUAGCUAAACACCAGAUGGGAAAAAAAGCAACACUAUCAAUUAAAUAUGUUUAAAUCAAUUAUAUAUUAAGGGGAAUAGCACUAAAUUUCAGCAUUCAGAUUUGGUAUAUUCUGUAACUACGCCCUUGGUCAGUUCAAUCCGCAUUAGUAAGCAUUCUGCCAUGUUCACAAGCUACAAAUUAAAAUCAAGAACCAAAAAAAAUAAUUCAGAAUUAUAGACUAAUGAUGCGUCUAAAAUGCUGAUCCUUAGCAGCAUCUGCGAUUGGAAUUGCAUCACAGAUUGGAGUCCUGGAUCUUAGACUUCCCCUUUAAAAAAGUUUCACGAUGCCCAAAUGCACAAGACUUAACUGUGUAUGCUUAAAUCAAGUAGUAUUCCCUUUAACAAAAAAAAAACAAAACAAAAAAAAAGUAGGAAUAAAAAUGUUAGACUUUUAUCAAUUCAGAUCAAAAUGAUAGCUGCCACAGUUUUCCAAAAUUUUACUCCAGUGCAAAAAGAUGAAUCUAAAAAGAGUCGAUACACGAUUACUACUUCCCAAUUUUCCCUGUUUUUCUUGUUUGAAAUCCAAGUUUUUCCUACUCCAGUGUUACGGUUUUUAAUUUGAAAGGCUUCUCCAGGUUUGGGUCAUGUUUCUUGUGCUGAGCCAAUCGCCCCCCUUCCCAACCCCCCCAAAAAAACCCUUUGGGUCUCCGUUUACAGCACCUUCCACGGGAUCCUCUCCGCCAGCAACGUCUCUUAUCUGCCGAGAAACUCACCUCACAAACAUGGGUGUUCUCACUUCCUACAAAGUAUACCUCAGAGCACAGGACACGAGACCACACAACCAACCGGAUCAGCCAGCAGAACAAACUAGCCUUUUUCAUCUCUUUAGUGAAUAAUGUGUUCUACUUGCUUUUCUUAUAGCGACGUGUUCUAACUUUCCAUUCUUAUAUUCACACUUCUACCUUGUUAGAUGUACAUGCAUUGAGCUAAUUCAGUUUAUUUAUCUUGCAGAAUGAAAAUUCUGUCGCAUAAAUGACGCCUAUAGUCAUCUGCUCAUCUUUUUUGCUCUGAUCAGGACGUCGGCUUGUUGUUUAAGGAAUGUCUGACAAACAGAAACACAACCCUGGGCUUACGAAGGAAUUCUAUUGACUUUCACUAAAUGUAAUUUCUUAUUAAAUAGAUGUCAUUCAGCUGUGAAUCAUACACCAGAGGAUUGCUGUAUAUUGAUAUUUUACACACUUAUAACAAACCAUUAACAGCCACAAUGAAGUGUGGUAAUUCAAUUACUCUGUUAUUCUAUAUGAAGUAAUUUAAACUGCUCCGUCUUUAGCUGCUCAUAUCUCUUAACAGUUUUGCACUGGAGCAAAAUCUUGUCCAUUUCCUUCGAAUUGUUUCUGUUCCCGCGCAUCUCCUCCAGUUCUUCUACUUUAGGUAGCGUAGAGGGUUCCAGAUUCUGUCCAGAAAGAACUAUAGUAUGCCAAAAACAAUUCAAUUUAAAAAAAAAAAAAAACAACCAUACAUAGUGGAGGAUGAGAUUUUGUGCCAUAGUAUAUGAAAGUAUUUUUUUCAUACAUAUUAGAGGGCAUAAAAAAACAACAAAUGGCUUUGUUCGGCCUUAAUUAAGCUUCUGGUUGGUUGCCUGCUUCACUUUGUGUCUAAUAUUUAUUUCUAUUUUCAUUUUUUAUUUGUGUGUCUGUGUGUGCGUGCGUAAGUUACCUGCCUCUUUUUUUUUGCCAUUUUCUAUUCACAGCCUUUGUAUUUUUGUCUCUUUACUUGCUUGUCAUUUGAAAUGGAAACACUGAGAGUACGGUCAUCCCUUAAGAAUGCGCCAUUGAAGGCGACACAAAGUUUUCAUUUUGUACGCUUCACUGAUCUGUAAGCUGUUUUUUUUUUUCUUUACGUGUUGCUCAGUUUUACUUUGAAUGAUUCCAGUGAUUGAGAUGAUUAAACCUGCCUGUCGGACUGACAUGGAGAUGUGGGUACUAAGGGGCUAAAAUGAAUUUUUAUUGAACAAGUACAAGGAAGUGCCAUAACAUAACAUUAACAACUCAGUACACAUGCUGUGGCUCAGUCAUAUUUUAGAUUCAACAACAGAUGGGUGGUCAAGCAUUUUCUUUUCUUCAGUUUUGCUCAAAAGGUGCUCAGAAGUUGAAUUCCCUCAUAGAGUAACAUAUCUUGGGAACCUAAUACAACAAGAUGGGAGUGUCCAUGUUGAACUCUGUUUGGAAUGGUAUUGUUUAGGGGGUGAUGAUCAGUUUUUAUGUAUGUAUUUAUUUAUUCGUGUACAUUUUUAUUGUGAUUUUAAAGCAGAUUCUGACAAGGCUGCAACUCCAACACAGUCUUCUAAAAAUCAGCCACAUUUUCAGUGACUAAAUUGGAUCGCCUUGAUAUUUCCACAAUAAAUGCUUGCAAAAAGGAGCAGCUUCAAGUUUUCAGAAAUUCUCCUCUGACAGCUGACCUCACUUCUCGUAUUCAAGUUUUUUUUUUAAUGCAGAAGAGGAUUUACAUUUGCAUCUGUUUAAUAAAACAAGGGAUACAGGCACCCUGAGAGCAAUUAUCAUGCAUAAAUAGACAAGCAAAAAUAAUUCGAUUCACGACUAUAUCCAGCAAACCGGAAUAAAGUUAAUGCACUAGGGUUACUUUAGUAAUUUAAAAAGCAGCUGUUUCAGUAAAGAAGCUAGUGCCUUUAUUUAUGAUGGAAUACCAACAGUUUAGCACAAUGCACUUAUUGUGGAAAUAACUUUGAAAUACAGUUUACAGAAAUCAAUAUUUCCUGAAGCGACGCCACGCUCUACUUCCAAAGAUAACAGUGAAUCAUUUCAGUGAGAAUGAAGUGGCAUGAUGCAUGUUGAUGCAUCAUCAAUAACUGACAAAUCCCCUACAAAACAUUUCAUUAAUGAGAGCCUACCGGCUGAAGACAAUAAGGGAAUAAUGAACUACUGUGUGACCUUGUGACACCAACAUUGUUUUUACAUUCUCUGUGAGACACUUACUGAUGCAACUAACUGAAACUAUCUCAUCACCGGUGCUCGAGCAGGGGUGUCAAACAGAGGGUCUUCUUGCAGCCUAAGGUGCUAAGCAAACCAUGAAGUAAUGCUGUACUAGUGAGUGACCCUUCCUGAUCACAAAUGUCACUUCCAUUUUCUCUGUACUGUAAUUGCUGUAUUAUCACAUGUUAGGAGAUGUUUAUGAGAAGAACACAGAAAAGGCCGAACUUCUGCCUUUUGUUUAACGUAAUCUGUGGUUAGAAGGUGUUUGUUGGAGUAGUGGUUAGAUUCAAAAUCGCACUGAAAGAGAAACGAGGACCUCUUCUUCCAUGAAAGCCUUAUCAUGGCGUACCUUCAGUUAAAGCUACAGGCUACUCUGAUGCAUGAUGUUCUACAAGUCAAAUGUGUAAUUGUAUCUUGUUGCUGUUGAAUAUCACUGUUUCUAUGCCAUCUAUACGAAGGUAUUUAUUGGAUAUGAGAAGAAGAGUGUCGUAGUUUCCUUUCAAAAAUACAUUUUGGUUUAUUGAAUGUUUUACUGCAGACCUUGAUGUCCUGAUGUUUGUGUUGCUGUGGGUCCUCUUAGCCGAGCUCUGGAGGGAAUUAAUUGAAUGAAUGAAUGAAGACACUGAAAGAUAUUGUACUUUCUAGGCCUGCAUGAUAGACAGAAGUCAUUGCAUAUAACACUGUGUAUGAAAAGGCAAAGUAAACACGCUAAAGGGACAGAGUGAUUGCCAUUAAUAACAAUAUAUUCCCCUAUUAGGACUGUUAUAAGUAUAAUUACAUUAUCUGACAUUCCCUAAAACUUGCAGAGCGUUUCUAACAAAUUCUUCCAAACAAUACAAAAUCACUAUUUUCUACCAUAUGAUGAGGUUUAGAUCAUUAGGAUCUGCAUCUAAAAGUUUGUCUGUUAACAAUAAUAGUCAUACUAUCGUCAUAACAUAUUGUCCCAAUAGCCACACCUAUCAUAUUGUUUCUGUUGUUGCAUAUGUUGUAUCUGUAGAAUCAUAAUUGAUGCACUUUGCCAACUUAACAUAACGAACAUAUUGUUGCCACAUUUAAAAGAAAAACCAAAACACGCGAUAGAUGUGGAAAAAAAAAACCCUAAAAUAUACCGAAGAUUCUUUAUUGCAAUUUGUAGAUAUAAUUAGUCUAUAUAUUGUACAAUGUAAAAUAAGAAAUUGCAUAUUUUAUUAAAAUUGGUCAAUAAUAUGCAUGCAGUUACAAAAAUGAAUAUAAAAUAUAUUUCCAUUAUCUUUUCUUUUUUUAUUAUUUCAAUAUGGAAAUAGUUUUUAUGUAAAUGCUGCUGUGACCGUGUUCGCAAAGCAAGAAUAGUUAUAUUUUCCAGAGUUAAAGUUUAAGAGUGAAGCCUCCCUCAGAGCACAGAGGCAUCGUGGUGAGCCUCGACAUCACCUUUGAGGAAACCACGUCAUGCGCAUCAGUCUGGACGUAGCGAAGGUUCAGCGCUAUGAUUUAGUUUUUAUGUUUUGCUUGAAUACAGAGAGAAUGAAUACCAUGAUAACUUGAGUUUACCAACUAAAAAACCCUGACUAUUCGUAGUCACAAGACGGCUCUUCAAACCAGCGGUGGUGGGAUAUUGUAGCUUUUGUGUGAUUGUGCAGUUAUUUCAUCACCAAGGGCUUUAAUGAGACUUAUGUGACGUGAGGACGGUGUGAGCUGGAUGUGUGAGGCAUCGUAACAAGGCCCGGGGGCGAGGUCAGAUCUGCCUCAACAAAGAAGUACUGUAUACCUCUCAACGUGCCACUGAGAAACGUGUCCCUGUACAUAGUGUAUAGUGAAAGAUAUUAUUUGCAUGGUAUAAACAUUUGAAUGCUACUGACAAAAAUGUGGACUUGCCAUUAUUAUCAGAGCAAACAUUCUGCAGCUGUUGUGUAAGGACGGUGAUCUGUUUAGUCCUGAAUCUUGAAGCAAGCACCAAUGCAACAGCUGUGCUUGCCUGAAAGGUAAAAGUAAAGAGUUUUGUACGGACUUUAAAAUGCUGUUAACCCACCGACCCGACCCGAACACUCGAAGAGUUUAAGGCGGUUUUAUCGCAGUAGCGUUGAGAUGUAAUAAAAGCACAUGCCAUGCAGUUAGAUAAGUUCAGCAGCCCAGAAAUGUUUCUAGAUGAUGAGGUAAAUAGGGGCAGGUUAGAUUUGCUCUUUACUACUUCUGUGAUGUCUAUCAAUUGAUAUUUUUAUAGUACAUGUUAGGUGAACGUUACCUCACAAACUGUAGUCAGGAUUAAAAAGAAAUAAGUCGAUUUUGAUGCUCUAUUUGUCAAACUGCAGUCUGACUCUUGUGUUACGUACAGUACAUAGAUUUAGAUUGAUUCUUUGUGAAAUAGCUCAGAAUUAUCAUGGAUUUAUGUGCCGCGAUGAGGUUGACUCUGAUUUACAUAUACUGCCCCCCACCCACACACACACACACACUUACUUUGAGAUGAUUUCCAGUAGAAUUAGUUCAUCACUCAUUAAAAGACAAUUUGUAAAGAGAAUCUCAGUACUGUACCACUCUUGAGUCUCGAGCCAAGGAGAACAAGAGUCCGGCUUUGGCGUCGUCGUGCUCUGGCUUUACACGUUAAGAGAUCUAUCAUCGUAUUGUUGAGGAUGUCGAACAGGCUUUUAUCCCAUACGCUAAGAGUAGAGAAUCUCUGGUGCUAACACAUGCUGCACAAGAUUGUUUUUUUACUUUUACUGGAUCGUGUUUAGUUGCUCUGGAAACAUACCUCUCAUACCGCAUGGAACGUCUAAAACUGCCAUAUCGUUUUCCUUAUUUCCUCAAAAAAAGAAAAAGAUACUUUAAUCCGAAUGAGCAACAUGUGUGUUGUGAUAGAGUUUAAUCAUAUCAUUGAGAUUUCUGUAAAUACAUAGAUCUAUGCUCACAAAUAUGAUAUUUUAGUCCCCAAACUGCAAAUUGAUGCAAUAAUUAAUGAUUGAAUCAAAUGAAAUAUUAGCUCACAGGCCAGUAAAAUGUUACAGUUAACUAAGGUUUUAAAUAUAUGACACGAUCAUAUUUUAUCCUGUCAGGAGGGGCAUUUUCUUUAAAUAUAGAGGGAAUAUUAUAAUUGAUACUUCUUCCACUAUAGGCUGAAUCUCAGUCAAAUUAUACAUGACACGUUGAAACAAAAGCUAAAAGCAGAAAUAUCAUCUCAUACUGACAGGAAAGAGACAGUGAGGCAGAGACCUUCGUCUUCAUUUAAAAUCAGCCUUUGAUUUAAUAUCUCAUUACUCGUGUUUGGCGACAUGAAGGGAUAUAAUAUUCAUUAUAAUGUAUCGACUUGUCCAAACUUGAGUGUACAAAAAGGCAUUACAUAUUUGAGGUUUUAAAAGAAGAAGAAGAAUAAAAAACACUUUGGUUACACCGUGUAAAUAAUAUCUCAGAUAAGCAUACCUUGUCAUAUAUAUAUUUUGGUAGAACAAAAUAUGAUGCACAUCAACUAUAUUGAAGACUGAGUGGGAACUGAGUAGUGUAGGGUCUGCUUCAGUGACGCAUUAUAACAUGUAACAGACCAACGUCUAUAUGUGAGUGAUGGAAAUCUUCUAAAUGCUAGAAAUUAGUUUAAGAGUUUAAUAUUAUAGAGCCAAGAAAU